AAAUCUUACCUCGAGCAAGCGCGUUCCCAUCUCUCAGCACCCCCAACUAUGGUUACGUGUGCGCUCCCGCUACUAAGCGACAAGAUGGCGGUCGCCGCCGGAUCAGGCGUUAAGGUUCCUCGUAACUUCCGGCUGCUUGAAGAGCUGGAAGAAGGUCAGAAAGGUGUGGGGGAUGGGACAGUGAGCUGGGGAUUGGAAGAUGAUGAGGACAUGACCUUAACAAGAUGGAGAGGGAUGAUCAUUGGCCCUCCUAGGACAAUCUAUGAAAACAGGAUGUACAGUCUGAAGGUUGAAUGUGGGCCCAGAUAUCCAGAGGCACCACCAUUUGUCAGAUUUGUGACUAAGAUCAACUUGAAUGGUGUGCACAACUCCAAUGGCGUGGUUGACACACGAGCAGUGUCUGCGCUGGCCAAGUGGCAGAACUCCUACAGCAUCCGUGUGGUCCUGCAGGAGCUCAGACGACUCAUGAUGUGCAAGGAGAACAUGAAACUCCCCCAGCCACCAGAGGGCCAAAUCUACACCAACUGAACCCACGUUACUACUCACCUCCUUUUUCCCCUCUUUUGUUUGCAGUCAUCCGUUCACCCCAUCUACCACUUCCCUCCUUUUUUCAUUCAGUUGCCUGCCAACACUCAAGUGUACACACACACAGAGAGAGAUAUAGGGACAUACAUGUAUGUACGUGUACAUAAACACAUACACAUAGGAACGUACAUGUGUUCGAACACACAAUCAAUCACUUCUGUAUGCGCCAUUCUCAGGCCCUGGCCCCUCCCCCUCUUCCAUCACUGGAGCUCUGGUUGGCCUAAAGAAGACUGGGCAGGCGGAGUCAUCGGUCCACACCAGACCUGAUCAUUAGAAUACUGUACAUCUUACUAAUCUUUUUUUUAUUAUUAUUUGUUAUAAAUGCAGAUUGUACAAUAACAUAAAUAAUCUUAUUGAGUGUA